CCCAUCGUGUUCCUAACCUCUCCAAGUUUUGUACCAGCAAAAGAGAUUUUAAACUCGAUACCAAACAUCCCAUAAAAUAGCCAUUAAAAUACAGAGUACAGAGUGGACAAGUCUUCAAUUAAAGAUUCAUCAUGCCGUGUUGGUACUACGAUAAAAAUGAAUUACAACAAACACCCUCAAUACAAGAUGGAAUGAAUUACAAAACCGAGUGUCAACACAGAAAAGAAGGUGCCAAAUUUAUCUUCGACAUUGGCAUCGCGCUGAAGCUUGGAUACAACACAAUGGCAACUGGUGUAAUCUAUUUCCACAGAUUUUACAUGUUACACUCCUUCAAGGAGUUUCCCCGGUACGUAACAGCCUCAGCCUGUAUUUUUCUCGCUGGUAAAGUCGAGGAGACACCAAAAAUGUUCGACGACAUAAUCAAAACAGCUAAAACUCUGCUGGACCAAAAGGACUGGACAUUAUUCGGUAAAAAUCCCAGGAAAGAAAUAAUGACAGUCGAAAGAAUUCUACUCCAGACAAUAAAAUUCGAUCUGCUAGUAGACCACCCAAAUAUCUACGUCCCUAAAUACGCAAAGGGCCUCCGGGAUCCAAAAUAUCCCGCCAGCAAAAAGAGAAUUGAAAGAGUCGUUCAGUCAGCCUGGAAUUUUGCUCGUGACAGCCUGUACACGACACUGGCCCUUCAAUGGGAGCCUGAGAUCAUGGCAAUAGCAUUUAUGUAUCUCGCUGGAAAACUGGGAAAUAUCACCCUAGUCGAUGGAAAAGGUCGACGCCAGUGGUGGGACACCUACGCCGAGGGAGUGACCGUAGAUCUAUUAGAAGAUAUCUGUCACCAGCUACUAGAUUUCUACGAUCGCACAAACAACGCGUCAUCCCCGAAAGAAACUCCAGCAGAGAAUGAAAAAAUUAUCUCCAAGAUUGAGAAUCCGCCAGACACUCCAAAAGAAAUGCCGCCAGUGGAGCCCUUGGAGCAGUCAAAAGAAUACCUCCAGCCUUCAGGAAUAUUUCCACCAGUGGAUUUUUCAACACCACCUCCACCCCUGCCCGAUAAAAUUCUCAAAGCAACACACAACAAAAUUCCAAGCUCAAACCGUCGUCAAGUCACUCCUUUCAAACCCUAUCUAUUACCCCCAAGAGGACUGAACCCGAUCUACUGGAGCACAACGACCACAGGACAUCCACCAGGAGUCAAUGACACCCCAAAAAAUCCUCCAAGACUCUGACACCAAAAAAUCAUGAUUGUAAUAACAAUAUUAUUAAGAAAUAUUACGAGAUUAAUAAA